UACACGUUAGAGACGUUCAGCGAAAGGCGACAAAUGUGUUGGGCUUUUGAGCCCUAUUUAGGCGGUCUUAUCGAUCAUCAGACGAGCGUAGACUCGACCAACUUAUGGGAGAUGAGCGCCAAACCCGUCGCUUACUUCCAGAAUCAGGUCUCACAGAUGGAGGUACCGAAUACGGCAACCCUCAGAAUGUGUCACUUGUGCGGCGGCGGCGGUAGGAAACGGUGUCUCGCCUGCAAUGGAAAUGGAUAUGAGUCGUGUUUCUCGUGUCAGGGUGACGGCCAUAAGCCCACGUUUGGUAACGGCGGCAGUAGUGGCGAAAGGGAGCGGUGCUGGAAGUGUAUGGGCAGCGGACGGUUGCGGUGCUGGAAGUGCAACGGCGAGGGCCGGACACAGUGUCAGACGUGCACCGGGACGGGCCAAUUGAAAUGCUUUGUGCGACUACUAAUCACAUGGUAA